GUCUCAGGCCAUGAACCUGGCAACCCUACUACCAAUGGAAGGGUGCAGGAAAGGUGGGUCUCCUCAUCAUAUUGUUCAAAGACCAGUUUCUUGCACACAGAUGACUAAUUGUUUUUGCAGCAAUCCCUAUUAAUUUCAAUCCAAAUGGCAGCUUCCCUCGUUGUAGCUCUAAGCAGAAGAAAAGCCGUGGGAAAUGGCUGGGGUUCCAAGACAGGAGCGGAAGGCCACAUUUGGGUCCGGAGAUUCCCCACCUGUUCUAAGUCUUCUGCACGUUAUCCAGCGCCUGGCAUACCGCAGGCACCAAUCCAGUAUGAAAUACAGCCAUGUUCGGACAAGUGUGUAUACAUCUUCACGUAGGAUAGAUUUGUUUACAUUUUAGAAAAACCACACUAGGAGCGAAGAGUUCUCAGACUCUACGCCAAAUAACGGUCGUCACUAUUUAAAAUUCGGCGUUGGGGCGUAACAUGCAUAUUGAGCGUUGUGACUACUCUUUGGGUGUGGUUCAAGGGCCUUAACUUUCACAUUCCCGAAAACGUACUAUUUAUUUUUAUUCUGUGGAUAGUGACUAUAUUUGCCACCCUGACAACCAACCCACAAAAGUUCCCGGCCUUCCGGAUGUGGCAGGAAAACCGUCUAACUGCAGGAGUUGGUGGUGUUUUUUUUUUAAAGAGGAAACCUAUCAUCUAACGUAAUUUUAACUUUCGCACUCCCUUGAGCCAAGGAGAUUGGCAGGCAGCCCCAGUCCCGUGGAUUCACUUUCCCGUUACAACUCCCUGAACUUUCCGGCGCCCCUCCCUGAACCCUCCGCAGCAGAAAUCCUCGCAAAGCCUCCGGGUAGUCUCGGUCCCCUCCAGGCUCCGCCCCUGACACUCUCGUAGCGUCCUCCGAAGUGCUCAUCGCUCCAAGAAGCUUCUGAAGGGUGGGAGCGUUGUGCUCGUCUCUGCGAUGCUUGGGAUCUCGUCGUUCAGCCUUGCGCCUGGGGGCUUCGUGGUUUUUGCACUACUUCCCGGGAUUCUGGGUGAUUGUGAACCUCCACCAAAACUCAGCAAUGCAGUCCCUCGUGAGAAUACUGAUGACAAAAAUUUCCCUCCUGGCACGUCUGUAGUAUACAAGUGUCUGCCUGAUUUUUAUAAUGUCCAUGCAAAAGUAGAUGUUGUAACAUGUCUUCCACAUUCACAGUGGUCACCCAUGGAAGACUUUUGUGAGCGCAGCUGCCAUAGCCCACCAAGACGCAGAUUUGCUCAAAUAAAGGAAGGGCAAUUGAAGGAUUAUUAUACUGCAAUGACCACUGUGGCCUAUAUCUGUCGCCAAGGUUAUGACACUAUCCCUGGAAUAAAUCCUGUUGUUACUUGUCUUGAGAACUAUACCUGGACACCAGUGCCAGUCUUUUGUAAAGGAAAAUCAUGUGGUGAUCCAGGAAAACCAGAACACGGUGAUACUGUUAUCUUAACCGAUCUCCUGUAUUUAGCAAAAGUAAAUUUCAUCUGUGAAAAUGGAUACAGAUUAAUUGGAGCAUCUACUGCCAAGUGUCAACUGAAAGAAAAUGAAGUUGAAUGGAAUGCGAAGCCUCCAGAAUGUCAAUGGCAGAUUGUGAAACCCGCAGCAGACAACACUACAAAUGUUCCAGGGCAAACUGUGAAACCAACAAGAAGCUACUAUUUAAAUACUUCAGGUGAUUGCAAUUAUCCACUUGUACGCCAUGCUACCCUAAGGAGUGGGGAUCCAAAAGACAGUUAUCCUGUUGGGACUGUUUUAAAUUACCGUUGCAUCGUAGGUUAUGAACAUAUUCCUCGAGUGAAUCCUUCUCUUACAUGUCUUGACAAUUCAAGCUGGUCAAUAGAAAAUCCCAGGUUUUGUCAAGGAAGGCGAUGUCGUCCUCCAACCUUAGAGAAUGGCAAAAUAGUAAAAUCGAAUGACUUCCGGCUGGGUGAUGAAAUAAUUUUUGGCUGUGAUGAGGGGUACAGAUUAAUCGGCCGAAAAAAUGUUCAGUGUAUCGUGAUAGGCACCAGUGUUGAUUGGAAUAGAGAUCCUCCUUUUUGCCAGCGAAUCCCUUGCUACUCCCCUCCUGAUAUUGAUAAUGGCAAGCAUAGUGGUCAAGAUAGAGAUGACUAUGAAUAUGGCUCAGCAGUGACAUACACCUGUAAUAGAGGUUUGUCCCUUAUUGGGACCCGGACUCUUUCAUGUGUAAUUGCAGAAAAUGGCGUAGACGGGAAGUGGAGUGCACCUGCACCUGAAUGUAAAGUGGUUGCGUGCCGUAGACCCGAAAUUGAAAAUGGAAGAAUGACAACUUCAUAUCAGCCUUCAUACACGUAUGAAAGUGCUGUAAUGUUUGAGUGUGAUCAUGGAUAUACUCUGGUGGGGGUCAACUAUGUUAAAUGCGGGGCUGACAGUACAUGGCAGCCUGCUCUUCCACGAUGUGUCAAGGGUAUUUUCACCACCACUGUUGCCACUGUACAUCCAGAUAGAGAUGAUAAAAAUACGACUACAGCAGGUCCAACCAUAGGGUCAACUACUGAGCCAAGUGAAGAAACUCCAAACCCUGAGACUGGAUCUACACGCAGUCCAGAGACACAGCCUCCUAGAGAUGACACAGGAUCAAACAGCUCCACGGCAAUUAUUGUUGGAUCUGUGGUGGCUGUUUUAUUAGGGGUUGGUGCAAUUGCUGCAAUUUGGAAAUGCAGAUCUUUCUUUAUUAAGGGAAAAACUGAUCCUCAUCCUAGCCCUCCUGAGUCAUACCAUGCAGUCUCGACUCACACAGACGUAGCAUUGGAAUCCAAACCCAUCUCUGCAAGGUUCACCAACCUCUUAUUCAUUGCUUUGAUCGGAACAAGAGCUAUGAUUUAUGCAUGCAUGUUCACCUUACUAUGGGGUUCAGCUGGACUUUUGCCCAUUGCUUUGGGGGCUGCAGGCAGCUGUGGCCCCCCCACUAGGUUAGAUUUUGCUGAGAUAACCGAUGAGUAUAAAGAAAAGAAUUCCUUUCCUGUUGGUUCAACUGUGAAAUAUAUGUGCCGUCCAGGCUAUACCAGACGUCCUGGGCAGAAAUACUCUAGUACAUGCCUUGAAAGCCAGGAGUGGUCUGAAGUUCUGGAGCUCUGUACAAAAAAAUCAUGUGGACAUCCAGGAGAACCAGAAAAUGGCAGGUUGAUUGUACCCAAAGAUCUUCUCCUUGGCUCCACUGUAAAUUACAUCUGUGAAGAAGGGCACAGGUUAAUUGGUAAGUCUUCCAGCAGACGGUGUGUGAUAUCUGAUCGACGAGUAGCAUGGACUGGUGACAUUCCCUUUUGUCAGCGCAUUCCAUGUUACCCACCACCAGAUAUUCCCCAUGGCCAGCACAGUGGGAGAUAUAUGGAAGAAUUUUCCUAUGGGACAGCUGUAACGUACACUUGUAAAAAGGGCUACCCCCUUGUUGGAAAUGCUUCUAUUUACUGUACUACUGAGGAUGGGUUAAAUGGCAUCUGGCAUGGCCGUGCAUAUUGUGGAGUGACACAGUGUCCACCUCCUCAAGUUAAGAAUGGAAGAAUAGCAACUGGUCAUUCUGACACCUACAUGUAUAACCAAAGAGUUAUAUUUGACUGCAAUGCUGACCACAAAAUAGCUGGCUCAAGAGAAGUCCGUUGCCAAGUGGAUGGUACAUGGGACCCUCCUCUACCUCACUGUGAACAGGGCAAUCCAGAUAUUCAGAAAGAAAAAAGAGCUAAGUGGUUUGUAGACGCAGACAGCCAGGACUACCUGAAAGAAAGUUUCACUGGCUGUGCAUAUCCAAAAAUCCAGAAUGGAAGAAUAAGAAAUGCUCAAGGGCAAAUUAAACCCACAGAGACAGUAAUAUUUGAAUGUGAUCCUGGCUAUAUUCUGAAAGGCAACCAUACAGUUCAAUGCCAAUUUGACGGUACAUGGGAUUCUCCUGUGCCCAUUUGUGUCAGAGUGGUACAAUGUCAGCCACCCCCGUAUGUUCAAAAUGGGAUGCACGACAACCAGGAAGAAGCACUGUUUAUUGAUGGAAUGUUUGUGAAAUACACAUGCAAGCCUGGCUACAAUCUAAUUGGAGAGGGAACUAUUUAUUGUACAGCAUCUGGCACAUGGUCUCCCUCCGCUCCUCGCUGUGAAGUCACUGGCUGUGCAUAUCCAAAAAUCCAGAAUGGAAGAAUAAGAAAUGCUCAAGGGCAAAUUAAACCCACAGAGACAGUAAUAUUUGAAUGUGAUCCUGGCUAUAUUCUGAAAGGCAACCAUACAGUUCAAUGCCAAUUUGACGGUACAUGGGAUUCUCCUGUGCCCAUUUGUGUCAGAGUGGUACAAUGUCAGCCACCCCCGUAUGUUCAAAAUGGGAUGCACGACAACCAGGAAGAAGCACUGUUUAUUGAUGGAAUGUUUGUGAAAUACACAUGCAAGCCUGGCUACAAUCUAAUUGGAGAGGGAACUAUUUAUUGUACAGCAUCUGGCACAUGGUCUCCCUCCGCUCCUCGCUGUGAAGUCACUGGCUGUGCAUAUCCAAAAAUCCAGAAUGGAAGAAUAAGAAAUGCUCAAGGGCAAAUUAAACCCACAGAGACAGUAAUAUUUGAAUGUGAUCCUGGCUAUAUUCUGAAAGGCAACCAUACAGUUCAAUGCCAAUUUGACGGUACAUGGGAUUCUCCUGUGCCCAUUUGUGUCAGAGGUGGCAGCUGUGGCCUCCCCAUUAAGUUAGAAUUUGCUGAACUUGCUGAUGAGUAUAAGGAAAAAAAGUCCUUUCCUGUUGGCUCAACUGUGAAAUAUGUGUGCCGUCCAGGCUAUGCUAAGCAUCCUGGAUUGAAGGCCUCUGUUAUGUGCAUUAGAAAUCAGGAGUGGUCAGAAGUUCAGGAGUUCUGUAAAAGAAAAUCAUGUGGACACCCUGGAGAACCAGAUAAUGGAAGGCUGAUUGCACCAGAAGGUAUUCUCUUUGGUUCCACUGUAAAUUACACCUGUGAUGAUGGGCACAGGCUAGUUGGUCAGCCUACAAGACAGUGUGUGAUAUCUGGCCGAAGAGUAGCGUGGACUGGUGACAUUCCCAUUUGCUUGCGUAUUUCAUGUUCUUCACCACCAGAUAUUCCCCAUGGCCGGCACACUGGGAGAUAUAUGAAUGAAUUUUCCUAUGGGACAGCUGUAACUUACACCUGUGAAAAAGACUACCCCCUUGUUGGAAAUGCCUCUAUUUACUGUACUACUGAGGAUGGGUUAAAUGGAAUUUGGUACGGCCAUGCACAUUGUGGAGUGCAGUGCCCCACACCUCAAAUGAUCACUAAUGGGAAAUACAGCAUUCAGCAAUCAAAAGGUUUUACUAAUGGAGUGUUUGUAGAAUACAGUUGUCAUCCAGGAUACGACCUUGUAGGAGACGCUAGAAUUUUUUGUACAGCCUCUGGAUCUUGGAACUCCUCAGUACCUACCUGCAAAGUGAUACAGUGCCCUUCACCUCCAAAAGUCCAACAUGGAAAGUACAGUACCCUGGGAACAGCACAAUAUAUUAGUGGAAAAUCUGUAAAAUACAGCUGUGACCCUGGUUAUGUACUAAUAGGAGAGGCAAUUAUAUAUUGCACAGCAUCUGGAGUAUGGAGUCUUCCUGUUCCAUGCUGUGAAGAACUUCAAUGCCAGCCACCCCCAAAUGUCCAAAAUGGGACUCACAGCAACCAGGAAUCAUCAGUAUUCACCACUGGAAUGUUUGUGAAGUACACGUGUGAGCCUGGCUACUCACUUACUGGACAGGCAACUAUUUAUUGCACAACCUCUGGCACAUGGAGUCCUGCUGCCCCACACUGUGAAGCAUUACAGUGUCCCCCGCCUCCGCCUAUUCCCAAUGGUGAUCACAACAGCAAGGGUCUAGCACAGUUUGCUAUUGGAAGAUAUGUGAAUUACAGUUGCCAUCGUGGCUACUUGUUACACGGGAAGGCUUUCAGCCAGUGCACAACUUCUGGAGCAUGGAGUCAGCCUCUACCCCAUUGUGAAGUUAUGCAUUGUCCACUGCCCCCUAGGACUGUCCAUGGAAAGCAUAUUGGAGAAAACUUCACGUUUGGGAAUUCUGUAAUAUACAUUUGUGAUGCAGGCUAUUCCCUCGUUGGAGAGCAUGUGGUUACCUUGGUGAAGUAUGAAGAUCCAGUAGCUGAACAUGGAAUAAAAUUAAGUGGGUUUCAAGAUUCGUAUGCAUAUGACAACAAUAUUACAUUUGAAUGUAAAAUUGGAUACUUCAUGAUCGGAAGUUAUUUCAUUCGUUGUGAGGACAACAAUACUUGGGUUCCUAAAAUGCCAUCCUGCAAAAAGAUUACUCCACAUUUAUGCGGUGCACCAGUAAUUCCCAGUGGGAAAGUGGAACCACUGAAACCUCAGUAUGCAAUUGGAAGUACAAUUUUUGUACACUGCAAUCCAAGCUGUUAUUUUCCUGAUGAAACCAUAGAGAUGAGAGUAAUAUGCCAAGGCUACAAUUUGUGGGACCCUCCAGUACAACCUUGUUUCUAUAGAACUUCACGUGACAUUGCUGAGCUGUAUAUCAGUAAUGGAAGAAUAGUCCAUGGGCUAAAAAAGGGAUAUGAGCCUAGGGAUAAAAUUAUUAUUCGAUGUAAUGCUGGCUAUUCAUUGAGAGGGUCAGAUGAGAUUCGAUAUAUUGGUGGGAACAAAUGGUUGCCUAGUGUUCCAUCUUGCUCUCUGAGUAUGUAUAAGGUGUUUUCUUCAUACUACUUAGAGCUGUCGCUUUCCACAGGUGUGGGGGGGAAUGAAACGCGCUGUUGCGAGACUCGGGCCCCUUCUUUGUCGUUGUCUUCACAACUCAGCGUUAUGCAGCGGUCGUCGUGGGGGCUUCUGUGGGGUCGUCGGUUCUUGGGCAUAGUGGCGCUAGUGGUGGUACUGUCUCAGGUAUCGCAGGGAAAAACAUGUGUGCCUCCAGAUUCACCAAAAGACGGAAGUGUUAUUUCAUUUAAUAGUGAAUACAUCAUUGGAGCAAGAAUUGGAUAUAUUUGUAUUAAAGGGUACAGAUUAAUUGGGCGGCGUAGCAACCACUGUAUACUUAGUGGAACAGAGGUUAGGUGGCAACAUCAACCCGCACGUUGUAUGCGAGUUGCAUGUAAGGUCCCUCCAGACAUUCUUGAUGGAUCCCACAAUGGGACCGGGAAACCUUACUCUUACGGAAUUGUGAUAAAAUACAGCUGCAGGGAGGCUUUCUCGCUCAUUGGAGAACCCUCUAUCGUUUGUGAUAUUGAUCGUUAUAAUAGACCACUGUGGAGCAGCAAACCCCCCAAAUGCAAAGUUGUUACAUGUACAGAUCCAGUAGUUCAAGAUGGAAUAAAAUUAAGUGAUUUUAAAGAUUCCUAUACCUAUGGCAACAAUAUUACAUUUGAAUGUAAAAAUGGAUACUUUAUGAUUGGAAGUUAUUUCAUUCAGUGUGUGGAGAACGAUACCUGGCUCCCCAAUGUGCCAUCCUGCAAAAAGAUUUCUCCAGACAUUUGUGGUGCCCCACUAAUUCUGAAAGGGAAUGUGUACCCAUUGCAACCCCAAUAUGAAAGUGGAAUUGCCAUUGCUGUGCGGUGCAAUCCAAAGUAUUCUUUUCUUGAUGAAACCAUAGAGAUGAAUAUACGAUGCCAGGGCUACAAUCGGUGGGAUCCUCCUGUACAACCUUGUUUCUUUAGAACAUCACCAGACAAUACUGAACUCGAUAUCCCGAACGGAAGAAUAUUCAGUGGGGAGAAAAAAUACUAUAAACCUGGAGAUGAAGUUACUAUUCAAUGUCAUGCUGCCUAUAUUUUGAAAGGCUCAUCUAAGAUUAAAUACAUUGGUGGGAACAAAUGGUCACCUAAUAUUCCAACUUGUGUUCUGAGUUUUUUCAUCAGAAUACUUAUAGUUGCAUGUCUGUUACCUUCAGUAAUCCUGGCAACUAAAGCAGUUUAUAAGAAAUUUUGCUUACAGCAAAGGGCAGGAACACAGAGAAGGCAGACGCAAGAGAGCACAUCAGCAACCAACACAGUUACUUUGCUACCAGAAAAGAAUGAAGUAACAGUGGCAGAAUCUGAGCAAACCAACCCACAAGAAAAUGAAAGACAGCAGGAGCAGCUAGCCAGCCCUACCCAACUCAACAAUGACAUUUCAAGUGAACAAGCCAAGGAGACAGCAGUAUGAAAACCUGACUAUCCC